AUGAACUCGCCAUCCCAUGGCCACAUAGGACGCUUUUCGCCAGUGCAUCAGCAGCAGCAGCAGCAGCAGCAGCCAAGUCGAACAUAUGCCAGGCCCUCAACGGCCUCCCCGGUGUCAGCGGCCUCGCCUGUGGCCCCACGAGCGUUGUGGACGCAGCCGGCCGCCGGGGCCGCGGGGGCCGCGGGCGCCCCUGCGGUUCCUGCGGUGCUGAGCCGGGCGAAUUCCAUUCCGGUGGGGAGUCCAGUGUCCGCUGCACCCAAACGGGUAUCUCAGGUGAUGCUGCAGUCCAUUGCUGCCUCACCCAAGAGGGCUGAUCCACCGGUGACGAUCAAUGGCCGCGUCUUCGAACGAGUCAAGGAACUUGGAAGCGGAUCCUUCGGCGUGGUGUGGGAGGUGGUUGAACAAAAGCCAAAGGAGCCGGAAGACGGGAAAGCGGUGCCCAAAUUGGCCUUGAAGAAGAGCACACCAAACAAGAAGGAAUUGUUGGAGGCAUGUCUGUUGGAGGCGGAGGUCCUGCAGCAAUUGGCGCGGGAACUCCCUUCCGAGGUGGCGAAGCGGAACUUCGUACCGAGGUACGUGACUCACUGCGCCUUGUCAGUGAACGGCAACACACAGGUGUUGCUGGCCAUGUCGAAAUUGGAUGGUGUGCCCUUGGAUCAAUGGCUGUAUGGGAUUAAUGAGCACGAGCUGAAAGUCAUUAGCAUGCCGGACCUGCUGGAUGGGCCGCUGCCAAAGGGGCAACGCUCCACAAGGAGCUUGGAGUCAGCGAGCCACAUCGUUGCGGUUCUCAUGAAGCAAAUGACACCGGUCUUUGGGACCCUGCAAAAGAUUGCGUUUCAUCGUGACAUCUCCGCACACAACUUCUUGAUUGAUGAGUGUGCUGACGCCUUGAAGUUUGCGGUUCUGGACUUUGGCCUUGCCGUGCGUUCGGGUGGGUGGAAGCACGAGUGGAAGGGUCGCAAUAUCGCUGGAGACCCCCGCUACUUUGCACCAUCCGCGUGGAUGCAACUCACACACGGCUACAGGUAUUUGGAAAACAAUCCCAAGGUCUAUUGGCAGCAACAGUACGCUGGGCGCCUGGAUCAUUAUGCCUUUGGAAUCUUGAUCUGCGAGGUCUUUUUUGCGUUGUGGAAGGGUCCAGAGGAGUUCGAGGGGAACUUCCUGGAUGAUCAGAUGUUGGUCGCAUGGAGGAAAACACUGGUUGCAGCACGCGCGGCUUGGCGGAAAUACUGGACCACUUGCGUGGGCCUUUUCCAACGCUUUCAUUCCGCAGGAGCCGCCGGCAUUCGCCACUACUUGGCUGGAGGCCAUUUGGAUAAGUUGGGGGAGCAGUUGCACAUGCUGGUUCGACACCUGGUGGCGGUCUCUGAGUUGCCACAACCCGAAGGUGAAGGAUCGGUGUGCAAGAAGGUGGCCAUGCUGUUGAAGGCAGCAGGUGACCUGGUUUGCCCCAAGAGCACUUUUAAGUGGCAGGAGCUACAGGUGUGUCUUGCGGAGUUGAUGGACGAGCCUCUAGUUCGCAAGGCGCACUCUCGGCGCCGCCGCUUGUCAACGGCCCCGGCUUCGACAAUCAAAAAUGCAGUGGAUUCGAUCCCCGAAGACGAUGUGUCGCCAUCGGUGUCUGACGAGAGCCUGGAAGAUGACUUCUUCUGUGUGAAGGUUUCUUCCAACAAAUCAGAUGAUGCUGACAAGGCGGCUCGCUCAGUGGAGCUGCUUCCGGACGCAGCACGCUUGCCCGGCUGGAAGAAGUCGGGACAUCGGCGGGUAUGGACCCUGGAUACCUCCGCCACCCUUACGAAAGAUGUGGUGCCCGUGGGCAUUGGCUUCUCGAACGGGGAGCAUUCUGCUGAGCAGGCAUUGAGCUAUGGCUACUAUGGCUAUGAUCCAAGACGAUGCCCUAGUCACAAGUAUCAGUCACAUGGCAAAGGUGUAAACCGACGUCCCGCGACGGUGCGGGACCCGGAGUUCAACAACAAAGCGGCGCCGUCCCAGACCCAAGAAUUCACCCAGCGCCAUGGAUCCGUGGUCGACUUGGAGAAUUUGGCGAGAUGGUGGUGCGAUGUGGCAGGGUCUGCCUUGGCUGCGCCCAGCUGGCGCCUGACUUUCGCUGCAGUCACUGCCAAGUGGCCAGCUUCUGUAGCAAGGCAUGCCAGCAGCGGGUCGCAAAGCAGCAUCGGCCCUUCUGUCGAGUUUUACCUGUCCCAGAUGGUGAAAAUGCCGAAGCCUGGGGCUGGAUGCGGGCUUUGGGCAUCUGCCAGGAUGACCUUGGGUCUGGACAGCGACCUUUCUGCGAAGAUGAGGCAGGGGUGUCGCCAGCGUUUCGAGAACCUCUUGCAGCUGGUGGCUGCCUGGACAGCACAAGGGCGGUGGCCAUUGGUGAUGAGCGCCAGGUCGCAGGCGCAUGUGACCGAGCUGCCGACCCUGGAGCUGGUGGGCACCAUCUGCUGGCGGCUGCUAUCCUUCGCCAAGCAGCUGAGGGACCAGGGUCACCGCCGGCUUAUCUUCUUGAGCAUUGGAGCAGGCGAUGCCUUGGUCGAGGCUUCCGUGGCUUUACACCUGGCCAAAGCGCUGGGUCAAGCGCUGCAGUUGGAGGAGCCUCGUGUGAUGUAUGGAGACCUUGAGAUCUCUGUGAUUGCCACAGAUACUGACUUGGAAGAGGACCUGCGGCAGAAUCGAGUGGCAGAGGCUCCACGUGAGAUGCGGGUGGUGCCAAUGGAGCGGCGCCGGGCCGUGCGGCACUAUGCGGCGGAAGCGCCCCUCUAUGUCUUCUGCAGUUGGAUGCCCAUGCACGCGUGCUGGUGCUCGGAUGUGGUGGAAGAUGCUGGGAACCAGUUGUUGGAGAUGUGCUUCCUCUCGGCUCCGCCUGAGCUGAUCCAAGUUCCACGACAGGAGGUGCUUCGGCCCAGCACCGCGCAGAUGAGGAGUACGGAGGAGAUCUUUCCGAAGACCUUGAACCGUUGGGACUUCCUGGCUCAAGGCGCCGGGCUCUUCCACAGCCAGCUCUACGUGACCUCUGCGCGCAGCUGGGCGCGACUCGAAGCUGUGCCGCAGCUCUUGCAGCAUCCAUUCGGCGGCUAUCGCCGGCGUAUGGACGCCGACGAGGCCUUGACGGCGGUGAACGUGUGCCGCGCGGUGGGGCUCUUCCACGUGCACGGGCCGGAGGAUCUGGCCUCUUUGGUACCGCAGCAGCACCUCCUGAGCCUGCGCAUGGCAGCGGAGCUGGGGGAGACUGGCCUGAAGGCGCGUUUCGGUGAGUGCCUGAAGUAUCUCAAGGGCGCGGCCAGAAAACAGGUCUUGGAAGCUCUCCACCCGAAGAAAAACAUGGCGCGAGCGCAGGAAGAUGGGAGUUGGAGCCUCUUCCAGCGGUGUUGA